AUGGCCUCGUCGAACUUCUUGGCCGCAAUCGACGACGACACGCUCUUGGUCAGCUUCACCGCCUCCAUCAGCGGCUUGCGCACAAUCUUGCCGUCCAGAAUGCCAAUCAUCGGCGACGGCGUCUCUGGCGUGUUUUCCAGAACAGCCCGCACUGCGUCCACGCCCUGCAACGUGGCAAGCAUUCUGUCGAACGCCACGGCCGUGCCUCCACGCUGGACAUGGCCCAGCGUCGUGAUUCUCGUGUCCAGCCCGAUCUCCACCAGACAGUCCUUGACUUGGUUCGACGUGAUGGGGUUCAGCUCGUCGUCCAAGGCCCCCUCGGCAACAAUCACCGUGGUUUUCCGACGGCCUUUUUCUCUGUGCCGCGAACAAACUCUCUUGAGCUCGUCACGCCAUGAGCCGGCCUUGUGCGGCCGUUCAGGAAUGAAAAUAUGGUCCGCUCCGCACGAAAUGCCCGCCAUCAACGCCAACCAUCCGCAGUGCCGGCCCAUCACCUCCACCACAAACGCCCGCGAGUGCGAGGCCGCAGUAGAAUCAAUGUAG